AUGUGCCUGUCUGGUCAGAUACUUAUAGCAAGGAGCGAGGUCACGAGUGGAGUGCUUGUGCCUGCCCACUGGUUUUGUGCUCACAUAAAGCAAAUCUUCAGUUUCUCUGCUGCUGCUGCUGCUGCUGGUUUCCUACUUUGCUUGGCUUCUGCUUGUGGGCGGCCACCCAAGGUUUCAGGCAGGCCCACCUUAUCUGGUGUGGGCAACAAAAGAUCAACGGCAACCAAUGGCCCAAUCAAACAACCCGCAAAGUUUCCUUCCUUCCCUUGGAAUGGAAGAAGCCUCCCCCGCCGGCCCGCUCUUCACUCACCACUGCCCCCCGCCCCCCAUACGCACCUCGCCAGCACCGCCACGCCACCGGGCUCGCCGGCCCCGGCGCCUCUCUCCAGCCACAAGUCCGCCGCCAUCAAGCGGCGGCGGAAGGCGGCGGCGCCGCUGGGCGACGUCACCAACCUCCUCCUCCCCGAGACCCCGACCCCAAUCAAACCCACAAGGACAGGACUCCGGCCCCUCCCGACGCCCUCCGACGCCUCCUCCACCUGCUCCUCCACCGCAUCGGUCACGCCCGUGCCCAAGCCCUCGUCAGCCAAGGGCAAGGAGCCCGUUGCUGCAGCUGCUGGAACGGCGAGUUGCCCUCCUCUUGGAAAAGCCACACGGAACAACACCAGGAAAGACUCUAUGGCUCAGGAUACUCGGCCCAUUUCUUCUUCAGCUCCUUGUCAUGGAGCUAAAAAGAAACGGCCCCCUCCAAGCACACCCAAGUUACCAGAAGACUUUGUGAAGAAGCAGCGAGCUUACUUUGCUGAUGUGGAUGCGUUUGAACUGCCUGUGGAAGAGGUGUCAGAAUCUGAGCUCGAGUUAAAACUGAAGCUGAUCCCAGAAUAUAUGGCCGUUUUUCUGUACAGACGUAGUUUACUGGAAUUACGCUUACAAUGUAAGUCUGAGUUAUGGUGGUAGCAAUGUAUAGCUCUCCUAACAUGAGGAAGAGGCGGUGUUGCUUUUUAGUGAUCAGUGGUCAUUGGCCCAACAAUGCAACGACCCUUUUAGCAUGCUUGUAGCAUAGUAGUAGUAUGCCAGAGAAGUACUGAGACCUGAAACGAAGCAAGCUUUGGCUGCUUGAGGAAAUGAGCCAGUUACUCAGUAGUAGGCACUCGAUCUUUAGCCUGUCCAGAAGAAGCAGCUAUUCUGGAUUAUAAUCUGUGUGCAUGUUUAUUCAUAGUUUCUUCUUGAGACGUAAAAA